AUGGUGGAAUCCACUGUUUUGUCCUCGGACGAUGACUAUUAUGACCUGGGCAGGUACUCUCGCACCAUCAGCACCCGCAGCCAACACGCUCAACAAUGGUUCAACCGGGGUUUGAUUUGGAGUUAUGGUUUCAACCACGAAGAGUCUGUUGAAUGCUUCAAACAGGCGAUUCAGCAUGAUUCAGAUUGCGCUCUGGCAUACUGGGGUCUAGCCUACGCACUGGGACCUAACUACAACAAACCCUGGGGAUUUUUCGAUCCCGAGGAACUCCAAGAGAUGCUUGUUCUUACCCACGACGCAGUACAAAACGCGAGAGUAAGGUCAUCGACAUGUUCGCCGUUAGAGCAGGCACUUAUCGCUGCCCUCGAGUUUCGUUAUCCUCAGUCAAAACCACUAGAAGAUUGCUCGAUUUGGAACAAGUCAUAUGCUGAUGCGAUGGCAAAUGUCUACAAGGACUUUCCAGAUGAUUUGGAGGUGGCGACAUUAUGUGCGGAUGCACUGAUGAACCUCACACCUUGGCAAUUGUGGGAUUUAACCACAGGACUACCUGCCAAGGGCGCAAGAACAUUGGAGGUCCGGGCAAUACUAGAUCGUGCUCUAGCACAGGACGGAGGACUACAACACCCGGGACUACUUCACCUCUACAUACAUUUCUGGGAGAUGUCGGCCACACCAGAGAAAGCAUUGCCGAUUGCCAAUCGCUUGAGAGGCCUCAUCCCGGAUGCGGGCCACCUAGAGCAUAUGCCUACACACCUUGACAUUCUCUGCGGCGAUUACCAGCGUGCUAUUAGCUCUAACAUGAACGCAAUCCGGGCAGAUGAAAAAUUCGUACUACGCAGAGGACCCUCAAAUUUCUAUACACUCUACCGGGCACACGACUACCACUUUCGCAUAUAUGCUGCGAUGUUCGCUGGGCUGUCAGCUGUGGCGUUGGAAACGAUGGCAUGGCUUGAGAAUUCUAUCCCCGAAGAACUGCUAAGAGUCAAAUCUCCUCCUAUGGCCGAUUGGCUCGAAGGGAUUCUGGCCAUGCGUGUCCAUGUACUCGUUCGCUUUGGCCGUUGGCAAGAUAUCUUUGCACUAGAGCUUCCACAGGAUCAACAACUUUAUGCGGUGACGACAGCUCUACUGCACUAUGGCAAAGGAACUGCAUUUGCAGUAACCGGCAAAGUGGAUGAAGCAGGACAGCAGCACUUUUUAUUUCGCGAUGCGGUGAAGCGAGUUCCGUCAUCACGUAUGCUGUUCAACAAUUCAUGUCUCGAUAUUCUUGCCAUCGCGGAUAGGAUGCUCGAGGGAGAAUUGGAAUAUCGUCGCGGAUCCUAUGACUUGGCCUAUGAGAAGUUGCGAGAGUCGAUUUCUCUAGUAGAUGCAUUGCCAUAUGAUGAACCUUGGGGGUGGAUGCAGCCACCAAGACAUGCCUAUGGAGCACUGCUACUAGAGCAAGGUUACGUCGAUAAGGCAGUGUCUGUCUACAGUGCGGAUUUGGGCAUAGACGAAACUCUCCCAAGGCCUCUUCGACACCCCGCCAACGUUUGGGCCCUGCACGGUCUCCACGAAUGUCUGCUGAGACUGGGACGCAACUCUGAGGCUGAAAGCGUCAAAUCACAAUUGGAUACUGCUCUGGCCAUUGCAGACGUCCCAAUUAUGGCUUCUUGCUUCUGUCGCACCCAUUUCCCUCCGAUUUGA